UCUUUUUGCCCCCGGAAGUGCUCAUUGUGUUUCCGGCUGAAACGGGGAGGCGGUCGCUCCGACAGAUGACCGAGGAUGGAGCUGUGUGAGAUCCUGUAUAAUAAGGCGGAAUACAUCGAGACGGCCUCUGGCAACAAGGUGAGCAGGCAGUCUGUGCUUUGUGGAAGCCAGAACAUUGUUUUAAAUGGCAAGACUAUUGUUAUGAACGAUUGCAUCAUCCGUGGAGACCUGGCGAAUGUGAGGGUUGGACGGCACUGUGUCAUCAAGAGUCGAAGUGUCAUACGCCCACCUUUCAAGAAAUUCAGCAAAGGGGUUGCCUUCUUCCCACUGCACAUUGGAGACCAUGUGUUCAUUGAGGAAGACUGUGUGGUAAAUGCUGCUCAGAUUGGAUCCUAUGUUCACAUAGGGAAGAAUUGUGUUAUUGGUCGAAGAUGUGUUCUGAAAGAUUGCUGCAAAAUUCUGGACAACACUGUCCUUCCACCAGAAACCGUGGUUCCACCUUUCACUGUCUUCUCGGGCUGUCCAGGCCUGUUUGCUGGUGAGCUCCCAGAGUGUACACAGGAGCUUAUGAUGGAUGUCACAAAGAGUUAUUACCAGAAGUUCCUGCCGUUGUCUCAGAUAUGAGACAUGGCUUUACUUCAGAGCAUUAAGAGUACAGAAUCCAGUUAAUUGGGAACCUGAAAGUGAACAGCUGGAAAAACAGGGCCCAAAUUCUGCCCGAGCACUUCAAAGUGAUGGAGUGGCUCUAACAUGGAGAAGCUCAAGUCUUCCAAAUGAUAAAUGUGUUCAACUUUGGUCUGAUGAAGAUUUGCUGCUGCUCCACACUGGGAGUGAUUCUCUUUGUCUACGUAGCCUUCAGUUCGAUGCUAAAGCAUAAAUAGGCUCUGUAUAAUACCAGAGAAAAUUCAGACCCUAAAGAAUAUACUUAUUUGACUAAAUGUUAAAUCACUGAUCCUCCUACACACUUUAACUGGAUUUAAUCCCUUUCUAAUUUGGAAAAGACUUCAAUUGUGACUGAAUGUAAAGAUUGUACGAGUUCUGUCUUUAGAAUUCACUUACACUAGGUAUAAUGUUGGUCUGAAAUGCCCUUCUGAUUAACUGGUACUUACUAUUUGCGAAGUUCGUGACUUUAGUCUGCUUGACUACCAACACCAGUUGGAAUUCUCACUGAUUCAGUUAUUACUCGGAUCUCUAGCGGGCAGGAUUCUUGGAAAACAGUGAGUAGUGCAACAUGCAGCAUUAUGUCAGGGCUUUGGCUGUUUCUUGGAACCUGGUGAGAACUAAGGGGUGGAUAGGUGUAUAGUAGGGCGUCAGCCCUCCUUUCGAAAUAGCAGUCAUGCUUGGUUACCUAAAAUGUAACUAGGUUGUAUGACAGAACUUUCAUUUAAGACCAAUUCCUCAGGCAAGGCAUGUUGCCUGAUGAAAUAGUAUGACCCAAGGGAAUUGACACCACGGGGAAACUAAAGGAUAGGCAGCAUUUUGUUUGAGCUUUAACUAACAAAUAAAAUUUAGUUUUUCAGGCUACUGCAGUGAGCAUGCUAUGUGAUAAAUUUAACCCUACUUACAGUUAUGUGCAGUAUCGUCUAGCAUAGCUAUGUGCACUUUAAUCCUUCUAACUAAAGAUGUAACAGUCCAGAUUUGGGGAUCUUGAGGCAAGCAAAUAGAGUACAAGUCAGUGAUAAUAAAGUGUGAAGCUGGAUGAACACAGCAGGCCAAGCAGCAUCUC